AUGACCAUAUUGAUUCCUGGAAAGCUUUUUGAGGAUGAAAGCGACACAAAGUCUGGCGAUAAACCUGGACUUUACAUUCAGAGUCAAGCUCAUGCUGUCCAUGUCCGACUCCCCCCUACUUCCAUUGGAGUGCAAUUGGGAGAAACCCUGGAGAUUAUGAGUUGUGGACACUUUCGAGCCACACGUCACGCUGUGAAAGGGAGCAGCAAUCCCAAUACAGGUCGAGCAAGUCUCGCCUUGUUCUUGCAACCCUCUCUAGGCACGACCUUGCCGCAGCUCUACUCGCUAGCUGCAGACGAGUCUUUGAGGCAACGAUGGCGGCCUACCUAUGGAGAAUUUCAGGAAGCAACCUUUGCAGCCUUUCUGUAG